AAAGCGGCGCCCCGCGGCCCGUCAGCUGCUAGCAGACAGUCUAGCAGACGACAUUGGGGCUCGUAUAGCUGCGCUCGCGCGGCUGGCCAGGGGCGGCAACACCGGUAACACGUCACCCUCCAGGAAGAUUUGGCUGACGCCGACGCCCUUUCAGUGAGAAGGAAAGGGUGGCCACUGUACUUCGCCCGGCGCAGACCGAAUGACAAUCCAAUGGAGUUCGUACUCGGCGCCUGUGCUUCUGUCGGUGCAGGGAUCUUCAGCAACCCCCUCGAUGUCCUCAAGACCAAAGCCCAGCUCCAGGGAGAGCUCAGGGCGAGGGGCCAGUAUUCGGUGCAUUACAAAAACAUGUUUCAUGCCGCUUACAUGAUAGCCAAAGAAGAGGGAAUUCUGGCCUUGCAGAAAGGAUUGUGUCCUGCCCUUCUGCAUCAAGUCGCUUUAAACGGGACUAGAUUAGGUCUUUUUCAAUUAGCCCAGGACCAUGGUCUAACAGCCAACGAAGAUGGCUCAUUAUCUGCACCAAAGACUAUGUUGAUCAGUUCCUGCGCUGGCUCCAUUGGUGCAUUCCUUGGUAGUCCAUUUUUUCUGAUAAAAACUCAAAUACAGUCUCAAGCUCCUAUAGCUGUAUCAAAAAAUGCAACUGUGGCUCUGGGAGUUCAACAUGAUCAUAAAGGAAUGAUCAGUGGUUUCUCUACUAUCCUCCGUAACAGAGGCUUUAUGGGUUUUUUUGAUGGAGCAUCUGGAGCUAUUUUGCGAGUUGCUGUUGGCUCAUGUGCCCAGUUGUCAACUUUUAGUUACUGCAAGCAAUUUAUUGAAAAUCAUGAGUUUUUCAGUGAUGAUGCUGUACUGACUAAAGCUUUUGCUUCAAGCAUGCUUGUCGGUGUAGUUACUGCAUUACUCAUGACACCGUUUGACACAGUAUCAACUCGUCUCUUCAACCAAUCAAGAGAUUCUACUGGUAAAGGUCUGUUAUACAGUGGAAUACCAGACUGCUUUGCCAAAACACUGAGGACUGAAGGUGUUCGUGGUCUGUAUAAGGGACUUAUUCCUGUGUAUUCAAGAAUCGCACCUCAUUCCAUGCUUACUCUAAUGCUGUGGGAGAAACUGAAGUACCUGCAUAAUCAGCAAUACCUGGAAUCCACUCCGUAGUCGAUAUCCCUGCUGAUUUCCAGUCAGAAAAGUUGAACUAAUUUAGUAUUCACUGCAAGCUCUAGCUAAAAUUGUGAUUAAAUCCAAGCUUUUAUUUUUCUUGUGUCAUUAUAGGCUUAGUUUGGAUUGUAUGGAAUUUAAUUUUGUUCUGUCAAAGAAAUAUUUUUGUUAUUUGAUAAUCGGUGAAAGAUAUUCUCAAACGUUGAAGUUCCUGUCUGAAACUGUAUAGUAUGGUAAUCUCAGGUAAAAGUGUGUUAUUCUCAUUUCUCAGAAAAUAAUGUAGCUUAGGUUGUAGAUAUGUAAUUUUCUGCCAUAUACUGAUUUUUGGCAACCUGUAUCAGGCAUUCAGACCAAAGUCAACCAUCAGGUUACAGUCAUAAUUACUGACAAAAUUUGUCCGCCCAACAUUCCUUACAAAGUCAAGUUUGAUAUCCUAUUUUCGGUCGUUGUUUCAUCGCUGUGUUGUUAUCUUCUGUUCUGGAAGACUUUUAAUUGUUAACCUUGUUGUUAAUUUUAUUUGUUUUUAUAAAAAUCAACUUUUAAAGUAUGGGCCUGAUACAGUCUCCCAAUAUAUUUUUUAUUGAUUGUGUGAAAUUCUGUUAGGAAUUCAGGGUAAUAGUAUUAUGAAACUUCAUCAAAGUGUUCAAUGUAUACUUUCGAGUCAGUGUACGAGAUACUAAAGUGUACACCAUGAAA